AAAUAAAAAAAAGUUACGUGUUAAAAGUACUUUUUACGUAAUAGUAUUAUAAUUAGUGAAUCGUCACGGGUUGUUUUGUGAUGUGAUACCGGCACUUUGGAGUCUUCAUUUAAAUCUAAUUAUUAAUUAAAGGGUUUGCUGCUGAUAUAUUUUUGUUAUAUUUGAAAAAUAAUGAAACUGGAAGUAGCAGACGGCGGAGAAUUUUUGAAUUUUUAUAAGCAAGUUUUCUAUGAAGUACGGAAAUUUACUUUAUGAUUCAUUUAUAAAUCGAUGUAAUUUAUCAGUUACCUCGAUUUUAAUUUAUUAAAUAAUCAUGAAUUUAAUUAUUGUUUUAUUAUCCUCAUUACUUGUUGUACAAGGAAUUCCAGUAGAUAAACCAGAUAACAUUCCACACGAUUCUAACAUAUUUGUACAAGAUAAUGGAGAAAAUUUAGUAGCACACCCGGCAGAUAGACACCAAAGUAAUGAACCGUCACGAGUUACAGUGUCUGGGAAACCAGAAGCCCUGGCAGCGACAGCUGCCAUCACGACCAAUGAUGUAAAUUUUACCUCAAAACCUGCUAAGGCUUUUGAGGCCAAUGAUAUGGAAGAGUCUGUCGUUCAUCCUAAGGACGAUGAUGGCCAUGAAGAAGACAAUCGCACUGACAAUAAUAAUUUUUAUCACAAUAGCAAGGGCGUUGUAGCCGUCGACGAUGAGAUUUUCGGAGACUUGGAAUUAGAGAAAGAAAAUUCUGGUUCAAAAAUGAAAAAUAAUAAAAUUAAAGCAGAUGUUAAAGAAAUGGAAAAUAAAGACUCUAAUUCUGCACCAAAAAUAUUUCCAGAUGAUCCAAAGAAAGUUACAAGUAUUUCAGAUUUACCACUUGAUGUACAAAAAAAAUUCACUCAUGAAUAUAUUGUUGAUAGCAGCCAUACAACACAAGUACCUGAUACAAGACUAAAAGUAAAUAUUGACUCCGCGUUAAACUCUACCACAAAGGCUCCAGUAAAUUUAUUACUGAGCCCAGACGAACCAUUGACGUUAGAAAGCCGUCAAGAAAUAUUUGAAAGGAGUGAAAAUUUAAUAGCCCGAAUUAAAAAUGAGGAGAUAAAUAAAAAAAAAAUGCCACCUGGUAUUAUUGCGCUUGUUAGUGCAGUUGGGCUGGCAACAAUUGCAGUGAUGGCAUAUGUUGGAUUAAUAGUGUGGAGGAGAUAUCAAGAAUAUCGGCACGGAAAUCGCGAGCUUCUUGUCAAUGAUUUUGAUGAUGCCAAUGAUUUCAAUAAUUUUGAACUCUAGAUAAAAAUAGUCUAUAUAAAAAAAUU